UUUAUAUUAUAGCUCAUUUCAGUUCUUCAGUUUAGUUGAUUUGAGAUACUCGCGUUUGAAUCACACGAAAAUUCAUUUCUUUUCCAUUGGCUUGUUUACUAAAUACAUUUUUUUUGUGUGGGCAUAGCCUAUGAAAGGUGAAAUAUCCGUGACAAUGGUUUCCAAAUCCAUCAUACAAAAUAAAUAAUUGAAAUUGAUUUUGCGUUGCAUUAAAAUAGUAAAAAUAAUAAAAUGUGAAAGUAUUUUGCUGUAAAAUAAUUUAAUUUAAAGUGCUUUUAGUUAACUAAGUUCGUAACGAGUGAAUAGUUUUAUUUAAAUUAAUUUUGUUUUUUAAAUUUGUAUAACAAACCAACAUGAAGUUCAUUUUGGGUAUUAGUUUGGUAUUAAUUACGUUAACAACAUCGAUAAACGCAGACUCAGAUGUAGAACUCACAGGACCGAACGUGUGCAAGAAAUUAGAAGACUACAUACUAGAAGUUGUGAUAACUGAAAAACAGGCGUAUCAAGAACGAGAAAGUGUCUGGUGCUGGAGUGUACCGCCAAGAUGUUCAAAAUAUCGAAUCAAAUUUCGCACCGUCAAUAAAACACAAAACUUAACUAAAUCAAGAGUCGUCAAGGAAUGUUGUGCUGGUUACGGGAAAAACAAGAAAGGCGAUAUGUGCAUACCAAUUUGUACAGAAUGUAAGCAUGGUGAAUGUGUUGCACCUGAAGUGUGUCGAUGUGAUCCGGGAUUCGGAGGACCUGCUUGUGAUAUCAAUUGCCCGACGGGAUUCUGGGGACGUGAAUGUUCGAAGCGGUGUGAUUGCUUGAAUAAUUCAACUUGUGAUCAAGCUACAGGGGUUUGCAAUUGUGCCAAAGGAUUUAUUGGUGAAAAAUGCGAAAAUAAAUGUUCGCCUGAUCGUUUCGGUUUGAAUUGUACUGAAACAUGUCGCUGCAAAAAUGGAGGCAGUUGUCAUCACAUAUCUGGUAGCUGUAGCUGUGCUGCCGGUUUUACAGGACCGCUCUGUGACGAAACAUGUCCGGAAGGAAAGCACGGUGAAGAAUGUGGACAAGAAUGUAAGUGCCAAAACGAUGGUAAAUGUGAUCCCCAGAAUGGAAAGUGUGAUUGUCCGGCUGGCUGGACUGGUGAUGUUUGUGCAAAUCGCUGUCAACCUGGAACUUAUGGUGUUAAUUGUGGAAAUGUUUGUGAAUGUUAUAAUGGUGGUUAUUGUCAUCACGUUACCGGUGACUGUGAAUGCGGACCAGGAUUUACCGGUUCGAAAUGUCUGGACAGUUGCCCGAGCAAUACGUUCGGUUUCAAUUGCAGCGAGACUUGUCGUUGUAAGAACCAAGCGAAAUGUGAUCAAUCAGAUGGCAGUUGCACUUGCACGAAAGGCUGGACUGGUGUUGACUGUAGUGAGCGAAACUGCCCUGACAAUAUGUACGGACCUGACUGUAAAAAUACCUGCGAAUGUUAUGCAAACAACACCGAUAUGUGCCAUCCAUGGACUGGUGAAUGCGAUUGUAAAGCGGGAUGGAGUAGCAGUAUUUGUGAUCGACCUUGUCCUUUUCUAACGUACGGCAAAAAUUGCCAAAUACCUUGUGACUGUAAGAACGGUGCUCAAUGCUCGCCCACUAAUGGAUCAUGUUCAUGUUCUCCGGGCUUCAAGGGAUCGAAUUGCGAAGAAACGUGCGAGGACGGUACGUAUGGUCAAGACUGUGCACAAACGUGUGAUUGCUUAAAUGGUGCUAAGUGCAGCACCGAGACGGGUCAGUGUUUCUGCACCGCUGGCUGGAUGGGACAUAAGUGUGACCGUCCAUGUGACGAAAAACAUUUCGGCAAAGAUUGUAAGCAAAUAUGCAAUUGUCAAAAUACAGGAGCAUGCAAUGCACAAGACGGUACAUGCACUUGUAGUCCGGGCUGGGUCGGUGAAACUUGUGACACAAAAUGUCAAUUCGGAAUGUUUGGCUAUAAUUGUUCGCAAAAGUGCGAAUGUGAUUUUGAUAAUGCAAUUUAUUGCGAUGGAGCCGAUGGCAGUUGUGUUUGUAAAGCACCAUGGGGAGAAAAUGGAACAGGUGUCAACUGUGAGACCCAAUGCCCGCCGGGCUUAUACGGAGAGAACUGUGAAAAGGAGUGCCUCUGCCUCAAUAAUUCAUCAUGCGAUCCAAAAACCGGUAAAUGUAUAUGCAGUCGCGGUUGGAUAGGAGACACGUGUGGUGAACCAUGUGCAGAAGGAUACUACGGACAUGGAUGCAAAGAAAAGUGUCCAAAUGUCGUGUACGGAAAUAAAUCUUGCAACCAUGUGACCGGUGAAUAUGUGUGUCGUCCCGGCUAUAUUGGCUUAACCUGUGAACAUCCAUGCCCGACUGGAACGUAUGGUCCACAUUGCAGUUUAAAAUGCAUGUGUGAACACGGUGCAGAAUGCAGUCAUAUUACUGGACAGUGUCAAUGUGCGCCCGGUUGGACGGGAUCUUCAUGCAAUGUUCCGUGUCCUGACGGAUAUUACGGCCAGAGUUGCAGUCAAACGUGUCGAUGUAAAAAUAGUGCUAAAUGUAGGAAGAAUGACGGCCAUUGCGUAUGCUUUGCUGGAUUUAUGGGAACGAAUUGUGAAGACGUAUGUCCAGAGGGAUACUACGGUCAACAUUGUCUCGGUGAAUGUGCUUGCAAAUCCGAUAAAUUUGUUUGUCAUGCUGCGCACGGUUGCAUAUGUCGGCAAGGAUUCACAGGCGAAGAUUGUAGUAAACUGAAACAUGACGCUCAAGAACAAGUGAAGGAAGAAAGUAAUUCUGCGGGUGUAGCAUGGGGAGUGACGGUCUCGUUGUUGCUCGUCGGAGUGAUAAUAUUCGUUCUAAUGUAUUACCGCCGGAGGAUUCGCGAUUUGAAAACCAGGGUGGCCGAUGUGGAAUUCCAUGCAAAUCCACAAACGCAACCAGAUCGCCACCACUUUGAUAAUCCAGUUUAUGCCUUCCAGACGACUAGCAAUACCGACAAUACACAAUUGUUAAAUAAUUUAAGGCCGAGCAAGCCGACGAAUUUGGAAAGGUAUAAGCUGGGAUUCAGUGAUACGGACUCGAAUGCUAGCAGUAGAGCUGGUACAUACUCAGUCAAUUUUAACACAGACACUAGCCAAAAGAACUACAAUGCUGAUAUGACAAAUCCAAAUGUUUAUCAAUUCAUCGACGAAAAUAAUGGAGAGCACGUGUAUGACGAGAUUGUGCAAAAGGAAGCAUAUAAGGAUCCAGAUGAAUACGAUCAUUUAGACUAUUCACGACCAGCCAGCUCAUUUAAACAACAUUACCAUCGAAUGAACGAUACGCUCAAUAUAACGCAAGAAGAACCGGAAGUCAAGGAAAACAAUCUGGGCAUAAACAAUUUGAAUGCGCCAGCCGAAUCACCAGUAGACAAUAAUAUACCCGGCUCGAGUGCGACUUUAAAUCACCGUGCUAUCGAUUAAAUUCUCAUUUAUAAUCAAUUUUUUAUCUCAAUUUUUUAUUAUCCUACACACAUCGACUUAUGUUAAUUAUCUAAAUGAAAGCAGAAAGAGAAUUGUUGUUUUUAAGUUUUAUGCAUUAGAGAAAAGAAUGGAAAUACAAAUUUUGUGAUUUUAAAUUAGAAUUACGAGAGAAAGUGUUUAGGUAAAUAAAUUGGAUGAUGUAAUUUUGUAA